AUGUCCCCGAGCUCAUCACCUGCGACGUCCCCACCAGCAGUCUCAUCGCCGUCCUCGAACCCUAAUCACCCCGCUCUACCUCCGUUGAUUACAUCGCCGCCCGGCCGUCGCACGAACCUCCCGCGCCCCAUGUCGCACGCCUCUAAGAAUCGCCUGUCGCAAUACUCGACGGGCUCGGUCCCUUCGCGCUCCCGGCCGCCGUCGUAUCUCUUCCCCAUCUUCCACUCCAGCCUUACGUAUACCGUCGUCCGAGAUUUCGCCUAUCCGCCCGUUCAUCCUAUGCACUAUGGACCACCUCCCGAAGGUUCGAGACCGCCCUCGGGCAUGACGACACCCAUGAGCGAGUCGCGUCGCUUGUCGGAUCCGCCCGCUUCGUGGGAGAGCAAGCUGGGCUGGGAGUGGACCUCGGACGGUGGUCUGGGCAGGGGAGGAGAGCUUGCGGCUAUCCAUCUCGGCGAUGGACCUCCGUGGAGCGAGGACGAAGAUUUGCAGAGCCCGGUUGUCAGUUCGCGCCACAAGAAGCACAAGUCAUCAUCCGCAGCCUUGCCCCACCGCAGAGAGCGCGCAUCGCAUGAGCCUGGCGGCUCGUCCGUUCUCAAUGCCGAUAAUUUCGACAGCGAGCGGGGCUAUUACGCAGGAACAAGCGGCGAUGGAAGUGAACGGUACUAUGUUAAUCAAGAUGGUGAGGCAAACGGUCCUGGUGGGGAAUAUGUCACAUACCCACCUAACCAGGCGCGGCACUCUACCCACGGCUCCUUCCAGGAAGACCAGAGACCGCGACAAUAUGCGGAGCACGAUGCCGGCUACCGCUCCGAGUCGGAUGAUCACUCAAGUACUGCUUCAUCCCCAGGAUUCAAUGCCUACGACGAAUCGCGGUAUUCCAGAGACUACCAGUUUACAAUUACCUCCCCCGAUGAGGAAAUGCACGGAAAGGCCGUUGCGCUUUUCGACUUUGCCCGAGAGAAUGAAAACGAGCUGCCACUAGUAGAGGGCCAGAUCAUCUGGGUUUCGUACAGACAUGGCCAGGGUUGGCUUGUUGCAGAAGACCCAAAGACGCAGGAGAGUGGCCUUGUGCCCGAGGAAUAUGUGCGCCUGCUACGCGAUAUUGAGGGCGGCAUGAAUAGCCUGACGGGACAGCUCGAAGGCCCAGGUUCUCCAAAUGAUUCGGGCACGCCUACGCAGGCUGAACACACCAACACCUCGUAUGGACAUACUCCCACAGCUAGUACCGGGAGUGCCAAUGGGUACCACCAGCCAGUUGUAUCAACCUUCUCCACCUCGAGCGCAGAUCUUAACCCAUAUCCCCAGCAUCUGCUUGGUUCCCAGCCCGGACAGGCCCCUCCUCAAGUGGUGCACUACCACGGUCAACGAGGAGGAAGUCAAGCAAACACGCCAACCGUACAGUCAUCCUUUGACUCCGGACUGGGUCGUCGAGGCAGCAAAGAAAGCCAGGAUAUCUCACGACGAAGCGAUUCAAUUUCCGGAAAGAUGCAAGGUCUAGAUCUGUUGUCAGACAAGAAGCUGACCUCCCCAGUGGAGGAGUCGGAUUCGGAAGAAGAAGAUGACAACGAGCCUACAACCAAGACGGAAAGCUGA